CUCCCGUUCACCCAUUUCCGAUAGUUUUAGAACUUCCGGUGCAUAUUGCUCUUUCCUGGAUCUAAAAACUCCCUAGUCCACCCAUUUGCCUACACACGUCCACACAUUUCACCUCGUCCCCAACCUCCUCCGGCGUCGUCAGAUCCGCCGGCGGGAGCCCCCUGCUACAGCGCCCCGACCCGGCUGCCCCUCCUCCUCGAAUCCUCCCCGCCGGGCCGCCCCUCCUCGACUCCUCCCCGCCCGGGCCGACCUCCAGUGCCGUGCAGCAGGACGCGCCCGGCAGCAGGACUCGACCGGCCGCCCGCCUGCCCGGCCCUCUCUUCCCUCCGCCCGGCAGCAGGAGGCACCCUCACGGCCGGCCCUCCCUUCUAUUUGCUGGUUACAACACUUCUGAAGUUAUUUCACUUGUUUACCAGAAAGAAAACAGAGUUAAACUGCUGAUUGUCAAGGUACUUAUUCUUCUCCAAGAAGGGUUAUCAGGGGAGGAGGGGCAUACAGAGGCAGGGCACAAAUGGGCACGCAAAUAGUUUAAGGUACAUCUGCCAGGUUGAUUUUUCUGUAGAGUUUGUGAACUAGGACUGCACAGGACUGUACGGGCAGGUACUUAUUCUUCUCCAAGAAGGGUUAUCAGGGGAGGAGGGGCAUACAGAGGCAGGGCACAAAUGGGCACGCAAAUAGUUUAAGGUACUGAUUCUUCUCCAAGAAGGGUUACCAGGGGAGGAGGGGCAUACAGAGGCAGGGCACAAAUGGACAUGCAAAUGUAUAGAGGUCACGCCGUCGUGGCUGCACUGGUUCUGCUUACCACCGUCACUGCAGCAAGCCCAACUGGCUACUGGGGUUACCUCUGUGAUGGUGGGAACUACAGUGCGCCCAGCAAGUACCAGCAGAACCUUGAACAGCUCUCCGCCACGCUGCCUGAAGCAGUCGCCUCCUCCCCCACUUUGUUCCACACGCAGGCAGUUGGCUCCAGCCACGAUAGAGCAUAUGCUCUGGCAAGAUGCCGCGGUGACACAGAGGCCGACGACUGCAGGAGAUGCCUUACACAGGCCUUCCAGGAUGCCCGGGCUGUUUGCACGUUCAGGAAGGGUAUUUCCAUCUACUACGACACGUGCAGCCUCUGGUUCGCUGAGAAGAAGAUCAAAAUUCAUCUUGGAGAUUCGCAGUCAGUCCUUAGGGCGGAUGGUCCCCCUAUACCUACCCAAUGCAAGGCCUUCCAGAACGAUGCCAGUACACUUAUCGCAGAUGUGGCGAGGAAGGCAUCAGAUUCUUCUCAAAGAUAUGCCACGGGAGAAAAGGGUCGUGAUGAGCGUGCCUGCAACUACACACUAUACACUCUUGCUGACUGUCUACCUGGAAUUUCAGCUGCUCAGUGUCAGGUCUGUUUGGAAGAUCUAACCUCUACACCAGGCCUGAGUGGUGGGCAAAUGGGUGAGCGAAAGGCUACCCUGUUGUGCAGUUACCGUUUGGAGCCUUAUCAGUUCUUCAGGGAUACAAAAGGACACAAGAACAAGACUGUUUGGAUCGUGGUGGGUGUAGCGGGAGGCGCAGUGCUACUGGCAAUCGCCUUGCUACUUUGGUGGUGGCUUCUGGCUAAACGUCCUUCUGCGAUAGAUUCCUUCAACAAAAUCACAGCCAACUGGCAGGGCAAGACGAUAGCCCUCUUCUUGGACUACGACGGAACCCUGGCGCCAAAAGUAGAUAAUCCUGACGAGGCAUACAUGUCCAGCGAGAUGCGCGAAGUUGUUCAAGAACUUGCCUCCUUGUGCGCCACUUCAGUCGUCAGUGGAAGGGCUCGCUAUAAGACGGAAAGUUUCGUAAUGAUCGAAAACCUGCACUAUGCAGGGAGCCACGGAGCAGAAAUCAAACUCAUUGACGAAACAGAAGCCUACGAACCUGCCCGCGAGUAUGUGCCUGUUAUAAAUCAGGCAAGAGAGCGUUUGGAGGAGGCUAUCAAAGAAAUAAAGGGUGCAAGCAUUGAACAUAAGAAAUUCGGGAUUUCCGUGCACUACCGGUGUGUUGAGGAGGAGGAACAGGAACUGGUUAAGAAGCUUGCCAAGCAAACCAUUAAAGGUUUCUCUGAGCUCACAGUAACUAAGGGUGACAAGGUUGUUGAAGUUCGUCCUAAGGCUGAAUUCAACAAGGGGUUUGCAGUCAAGUAUAUACUCGAGCAGCUAGCCCGCAAAAACAACUGGGACAGUUCUCAGGUGGUCGCUAUCUUUAUCGGUGACGAUAAGACAGAUGAAGAUGCAUUCAAGGUGCUUUGGAAACGAGUUGGCGGACUGGGGAUCCUUGUCAACAAGAAACGCAAGUGGACCAAAGCCUCGUAUUCCCUUGAAGACCCAGCUCAGGUGCAAAAAUUUCUUCAAAUGCUCCUGAGCUGGAAGAAGAAGGCAGAGGCUGAAGUUUGAGCGCAGCUUUGAUACAUGUCAUUCGGUUGUUAACUUGUUAUAUAAAACUUCUGAAUAACAAGUACUAGUUUAUGUUCCAAGCAAGUUGGGUAGAGGCUAGAGAUGCAACCCAACAGAAAACCGUGAGAACCUAAACGAGAAGCGAGAAAGCACUAGUAAAUAAAAUAAAGCCCUUUUGUGUGUAAUAAGGUGGUGUUUGUUUCUCUAGUCCUAGGACUUUUUCUAGUCCCUGGGACUUUUUGAAAAAGACUCUCAAGGAGGUGCUUCUAAGGACUUUUAGCAAAAAGUCCCAAAAAAGUCUCACCCUGUUUGGUUUGCUAGGGACUUU